UGGCAAAAUGAUUGAAUGAUUGCUCUGAACGUAAUCUCAUUAAUGGGGGUGCAAAAAAAAAAAAAAAAAAAAGCACUUCCCAGGUCAGGGAGAAUGUAUAAAUGUCCAUUGCCAUCAAGGUUCUGCUAUUUUUGAAAAGCUGACGCGACUCCAAGGACACAGUUCACAGAAAUUUGGUUCUCAGCCCCAAAAUACUGAUUGAAUUGGGGACAAUUCCAAGGACUCUCUGGCCAAAACCCGUGAAGAGGCCCCAAGAAGAAAGCAGUGAGGAGCUUUUGAUUGCUGACCUGUAUCAUACCACCCCAGCAUGUGCACUGGGGGCUGUGCCAGAUGCCUGGGGGGCACCCUCAUUCCCCUUGCUUUAUUUGGCUUCCUGGCUAACAUCCUGUUAUUUUUUCCUGGAGGAAAAGUGAUAGAUGACAACGACCACCUUUCCCAAGAGAUCUGGUUUUUUGGAGGAAUAUUAGGAAACGGUGUCUUGAUGAUCUUCCCGGCACUGGUGUUCUUGGGCCUGAAGAACAAUGACUGCUGUGGGUGCUGCGGCAACCAGGGCUGCGGGAAGCGGUUUGCGAUGUUUACCUCCACAAUAUUUGCUGUGGUUGGAUUCUUGGGAGCUGGAUACUCAUUUAUCAUCUCAGCCGUUUCAAUCAACAAGGGCCCUAAAUGCCUCAUGGCCAAUAGUACUUGGGGCUACCCCUUCCACGAUGGGGAUUAUCUGAAUGAUGAAGCCUUAUGGAACAAGUGCCAACAGCCUCUCAAUGUGGUUCCCUGGAAUCUGACCCUCUUCUCCAUCCUGCUGGUCGUAGGAGGAAUCCAGAUGGUUCUCUGUGCCAUCCAGGUGGUUAAUGGCCUCCUGGGGACCCUCUGUGGAGACUGCCAGUGUUGCGGCUGCUGUGGGGGAGAUGGACCUGUUUAAACCUCUGAGAUGAGCUGCUCAAACUCUACAGCAUGAUGACUACAAUUUCUUUCCAUAAAACUUAUUCUUCUCUUCUUGGGAUUGUUAAUUCCUAUCUGCUUCCUAGCUGACAGAGCUUAGAAAAGGCAGUUAUUCCUUCUUUCCAACCAGCUUUGCUUGAAGAAUUUUGUUAUUUUCAAAUAAAAAAUAGUUUGGUCAUUUAA